UCUCGCCGCGACCGCUGGCGGAAAGUAGCUUACGCUCACAUCAUGAGGAAACACGUCGUGUUUGUGGUGGACGCAUCAAGGUCGAUGGAGAGGAGGGACGUGUUCGACCAGGGCGAGCGUAAGCGGAGAAUCGACGCUGUCCUGGACUGCUGCUUUGAGUUCAUCGAGGACCAGCUGGCCAAUCAGCACUCUUCAAGCAGAGACCGGUACAGCGUGAUCUCGUUCAACGAUGCAGCCAAGGUCCAGCUGAGGGGGAAGUCUAUGCAAGGGAGGAAUCUAUACGCACUGAGGAAGGACCUAGAGGCGAAGAUCAGGCCGACGCACGGCACCGCCUACGAGGAAGGGCUGUCGAGCGCGUGGGACGUCGCCUCUGGAGGAGUCAACGACGCCGGGGAGCAGUUCGUCCUCAUCUUCUUGUCCGAUGGAAGGCCGAGCGACAUGAACGCGGCGUGCAAGAGGGAGCAGGCGCCGGCGUACUGGCUGCGGACCAUGCGCGAGCGCUUCCGGCGGCGGCUGACCUUCCACGGCGUCGGCGUGGGGCCGGAGGACUUCGGCCUGCUGGAAGACCUGUGCGCCGUGGCGGAGGGGACAUUCCACCACGCCAGGCUGGCGUUGUCGGGAGGGGGACGGGACCGUCUGUCGAGGGCCCCGAGAACCAACGGUCGGCCGGACACGCUCAGCAGCACGCUCAGCAACAUCUCGUCGGCCGUGAGCUCCCUGUGCUCGUCGUACAGCACAAAGGUUCCGAAGCCCCUUGCGCUGGAGGACGUCGAGGAAGCGGAGUGGAACAAUACGAACCAGGACACGUAUUAUUGCGACAAGCUCUACCUCCAGGGAUCCGCUCUGGAAGUGCAGGAACGUGACCUGAUGGUGAGCAUCCGGGAGAGGCCUUUCGCCGUCGGUGGGAUGCGGCACUGCUUCCGGAUGUGGAAUCUUGGCGCCGGCGGGCGGUCUAGGAAGGUUAACAACCUCGUGGGCAAGCAGAGCAAGUUUUACGUGAGCGUCGCGCAGCAGGUGAGGGGCCUCAAGCAGGAGCUCCUCUGCCACAGGCUCGCCCGCCAGCAGGCCACUCUGUUCAAUAGCCGGGUCACGUCCUUCGCCGUCGGCCAGGUGGCCAAGACGCCCCCCUACGCCGCCCUUCGCAGUAAACCAUGGGGACUGCAGGUGGCAGAGUGCGACGUGUACCGCUUGGAAGACCCGUGCGAGCUCGGCGGGUUCCGAUACCUCUUGGUCGAGCCCUUCCUCGAAGGAAAGUACCUCAAGUACAAUGGCAACAACGGGUACAUCCUCAACAAGUCUGGCCUGGACGACGAGCAGCGGUGCUGGUGGACCGUGGCUCAGGCGUUCUCCCACUUCACGCAUCACCAAACCGGGGGCGAAUCUCUGGUGUGCGACGUGCAAGGAGUGGGCAACAACAUCACCGACCCUUGUGUCCACAGCAGGUUGCGGACGUACGGCGCCGGCGACAGGGGCACUCAAGGGAUGCGGGAUUUCCUGGAGGGGCACCGCUGCAACGCCAUCUGCCGGCACCUGAAUCUCCCCGAGACCGCCGCCGCCGCCGCCGCCGCCAUUCCCGGCUACGCGCCCGUCCACGGCAGCCGGUCGGCGACCGCAUCGUCGCGGAGAUCGAUGCCGCUGCCGUUGGCCUUCUGCGGGGUGGCGAUCGUCGAGGAGUCCGACUACUAGCGGGGGCCGGCGGCAGAGGAGAGGACGGGAGGGAAAAGACGGGGAGAGCGACGAGGACUGGCUGCCAUAGGUCGGGAAAAGAUACUACCGCGCCCCCCUGGAUCAAAGCUCGAUUGUCGUCCCUGCAGCGAAGAUGGCGACGGUGGCGGCGUUGGAGCCGUCGAUUCGCUGGAGAGCGUUCCGACAAAGGUUGGGUUUUGUGUGAUUUUUGCGCCGUAUACGUCGGGAAGACUUUUUUUUUAUCACGGGGUGUUUUGUCUUUUGCGACCCAUGGGCGCAAGAUCGCGACGGAUGCGGCCUAGCCUGUCGUCUUGAGGUAUUGCUGGAAGAAGCCGAAGGGCACGCGCUCACUUGCGUUGCUGACUGUACCUGCCGGCCGGCCGGCGGUCUGUGCCAUCUGCUCGUGUCUGCUUCGUGAGUUUGAUCCGACCCCUUUCUUCGAAACGAUUUGUCACGGCUCGAGCUGCAAAAACCCACGCAGGCCAGUUUUCUUGUUGCUCCGAUGAGUUGGGUAGGUUUGCACCAUGCGCGUAUGUAUGUAGAGAAAAGGCUAGAAGUGUGAAAGUAUAUUGGUAGAGUAAGGACGACGGGGUGAGACGGGAGAUGGUUGGCGCGAGACGAACGGCGGCUCCAAGGGUCUCUGCGCGUGGUUUUCGGCCCUAUUUCCUGGCCCCGGAGCGCUUGCUGCCGUAGAGUAUAUGCACAGCAGCAUUGUGCGCACCCACUUGAAAACGACGCCCCCCUCCGGUGGCCACCGCCGCCGCCGCCGCCGCCGCCGCUGCCACCGCCACCGCCGCCACUCACGGGCUCGCUCGCUAUGUAUCGCGGCUCGCUUCUCACGCAGCUGUGAAGAGUGAGGCGGGUGAUAGGGUUGAAGCCUUUUGGUGGAGCUCUUCGGUGGGCUGGGGCGCACCGUCGCCGAGGACGCUGGACGUACCGUCCCCGUCGACCUUCCGGCUCUUGAGACAGCAGACGACGCCGACAAAAGUAAUGUUCGUUUCAGAUGUUUGGCUGACUCGAGUGGUCGUGGAAAGGACAGAUUUAGUAUUUUCUAUUUGGAUAGGCCUUUCUUGAUCCUUGGUGGUGAGAGUUGAGGGUAAGGCGGGGAUCAUUGAGAGGGGGGCCCCGCUGAAGGU